GAAAGAUACAUCCAACCCGCACAGACAACAAAGCCUGUUCUGCGGUGGUGUCGUCUACUUCCACGGCCGUACACAACAAAAUGAUGACGAGGAAAAAUGGCCCUCACUCCAGUCCAAGGGAGCAGAGUCGAAGAAUGCACACGUUUGCUGUUAUCACUUCGUUAAAGUAUAAAACAGCAGGGCAUCUCUUUGUUCGACGCCGGUCAACGCGCCAUCUUUAAUAUCAACACUGACGCCAGAAGCACCACCUUGUUUGGCCUCCCGCAUCUGUCAUGAUGAUGACAUCUGCACUGCUUAAGAGGACAAGAAAGACAGAAGACAGACAAUGAGUGAUGAAACAGCCACUAAAGACUUCCUCUUUAAGUUCUUGGUGAUUGGCAGCGCCGGGACGGGGAAAUCCUGCCUCCUCCAUCAAUUCAUUGAGAACAAAUUCAAACAGGACUCCAACCACACCAUCGGAGUAGAGUUUGGUUCCAGAGUGGUCAAUGUCUCUGGGAAGACGGUCAAGCUGCAGAUCUGGGACACUGCUGGGCAGGAGCGGUUCCGUUCUGUGACACGCAGCUACUACCGCGGAGCAGCAGGAGCGCUUUUGGUCUAUGAUAUAACCAGCCGAGAGACGUACAACGCGCUGACCAACUGGCUGACGGACGCACGCACGCUAGCGAGCCCCAACAUCGUUAUCAUUCUGUGUGGCAACAAGAAGGACCUGGAGGCAGAGCGAGAGGUCACAUUCCUGGAGGCCUCGCGCUUUGCUCAGGAGAACGAGUUGAUGUUCUUGGAGACCAGCGCUCUGACGGGGGAGAAUGUGGAGGAGGGUUUCCUCAAGUGCGCGCGCACCAUCCUCAACAAGAUAGACUCGGGUGAGCUGGAUCCAGAGAGGAUGGGCUCAGGCAUCCAGUACGGAGACGCGUCACUGCGGCAGCUGCGACAGCCGAGAGGCAGCACGGCACAGAACAAGCAGCAGUGCAGCUGCUAGGAACGUGGCCCCCUCCCUUAAAGACCUCCCAUACAGGUCAGUGUUACUGCUCCAGUUGUUUUGGGGUGUCCACACCUCACAGCACCUGGAUGAGUGGAAAUCACUGACCUUUGACCCUCCGGUAAGACUUAUUUAUGCGUGCCGACACACGCAGGGAUUGUUCGGUCCUUACCAGAUCGUAGUGGACACGUCUAGGCGCUGUGUAUUCAUGUUUUUUAUUUCAUACAUGCGCUCCUUGUUCUGGUUUUAUAACAUUUGCACUGCUUUUUGUCCCUAAAUUAUUGUUAUUGCCUUUUUUUUUUUUUUGUCUUUUAAGCAUUUAAAUAUUCACUGUGGCUUUCCAGUGUCCAAAUGCUACACAGCAAAUGUUUGGAGGAGGUUUAAGAAGGUGUCUCAUAGCUAAUUCCCACCUCGCCAUCCUAAAUGCACUUUUAGCGGGACUGCUGGCCUUAAUAAAAUGCACCUUGGUGGAUGAACGUC